GGAACUUUAUUUGAAUUGAAGAAUUGGUGGGUAGCGUCUAGCGUGCGUGAUCAGAAGAGUUGAGGUUGGGGAUGUGAGAGAGAGAGAGAGAGAGAGAUGGCUCGGGGCGGGCAUGUGGUGCCGGUGGACCAGGGUUCGGUGGUGUUGGGGUCCUUGGGGAAGAAGAAGAGCCUGACGGUGGCUCGGAGCUGGAUGCUGAUGGACGGCGCAGGCGAAGGGACGGUGCUGGAUGUGGACAAGUACGCCAUCAUGCACCGCGUUCACAUCCACGCACGCGACCUCCGCAUUCUCGACCCCUUGUUGUCCUACCCAUCUGCCAUUCUCGGCCGUGACAAGGCCAUUGUUCUCAACUUGGAGCAUAUCAAGGCAAUUAUCACUGCUGAAGAGGUGUUGCUCCGGGAUCCGAUGGAUGAGAAUGUUAUCCCUGUUGUUGAGGAACUUCAAAGGCGAUUGCCUCCUGUAAAUGCCAUUUGCCAAGGUCAAAGCGAAGGGAGAGAGUAUCCAGGUGGGCAAAAUGACGUUGAGGCAGGAGAAGAAGAUGAUGUCUCUCCAUUUGAAUUCCGGGCCCUGGAGGUAGCUUUGGAAGCUAUUUGUAGUUUCCUUGCUGCACGUACAAUGGAAUUGGAGACUGCCGCUUAUCCUGCAUUAGAUGAGCUCACCUCUAAGAUUAGUAGCCGUAACUUGGACAGGGUUCGUAAAUUAAAGAGUGCAAUGACGAGGUUGACUGCUCGGGUUCAAAAGGUUAGAGAUGAACUUGAACAACUACUUGAUGAUGACGAUGAUAUGGCUGACCUUUACUUGUCAAGAAAGUUGACUGGUGCAUCUUCACCAGUUAGUGGCUCAGGUGCUGCCAAUUGGCUUCCGGCCUCCCCUACCAUAGGCUCAAAGAUAUCCAAAGCAAGUAGAGCAAGUGUGGCUACAUUUCGUGGAGAUGAGAAUGAUGUUGAGGAGCUUGAAAUGAUACUGGAGGCUUACUUUAUGCAAAUUGAUGGCACGUUGAACAAAUUAACCACGCUGCGAGAAUAUAUUGAUGAUACGGAAGAUUACAUCAAUAUUCAGCUUGACAAUCAUCGAAAUCAGCUGAUUCAGUUGGAGCUCUUUCUAAGUGCUGGAACUGUUUGUUUAUCCUUGUUUUCUUUGGUGGCUGGAAUAUUUGGCGUGAAUAUCCCUUACACUUGGAAUAAUGACCAUGGCUACAUGUUUAAAUGGGUGGUCAUUGUCACCGGAUUAUGUUCUUCUUUUGUCUUUCUACUAAUUGUUUUAUAUGCUCGACACAAGGGAUUGGUUGGGUCUUGAAUCCAUACUCAUACAUGAAGUAUUCCUACUACAAAGGAGUUUCAAGCUUCAAGUAUUCCUCUCUCUCUCAGUGAAUUAUCAAGUCUGAUUCGUUGGUUUUAGCCAUCAACUCAUGCAAGUGUAAAAACAGACAGACACAGGAUGAUGGUGUAGUCUUUUCACUUUUAAUUCACAAUUCUGAACACAUAUAUUAUAUUUGGUGGAAAUUUUAAAUGUAUAAUAUUUAGAUGAUGUACUUGUAAUCGAUGACCAUUUUACUGUGAUCAAUAAAUUGGUUAUUUGGAUUU